UCUAUUUGUUUCUCAUGCCAUUUCCUAUUUCCGCCUUUUCAACUUAUCUAUUCAUUAAGAACAAUGCCGUCUGCUCCCGUCGCCGACUCCACCGAGCCUGAGAAGGAGGCCGUCCAAAUCUCGUCGUCUGCAGCCGAAUUAGAGAAGAAGCUUCAGUUCGAUGACAAACCGAUUGUUGAAGACGUUGAGGAUGACGACGAUGACGAUGACGACGAGGAUGAUGAUGAUGGAAAGGAGAACGGGGCUCUUGACGGAGGCUCAAAUGAGAGUUCAAAGCAGAGCAGGAGUGAAAAGAAGAGUCGCAAGGCGAUGCUGAAGCUGGGUAUGAAACCAGUUACUGGUGUUAGCAGAGUCACCAUUAAAAGAACCAAGAACAUAUUGUUUUUCAUAUCAAAACCUGAUGUGUUCAAAAGUCCAAACUCUGAGACGUAUGUGAUAUUUGGAGAGGCAAAGAUAGAGGAUUUGAGUUCUCAGUUGCAGACACAAGCUGCCCAGCAAUUCAAGAUGCCAGACAUGGGACAGGUGAUGGGAGGAAAAUCAGAGAUUUCUGGCAGUAGUGCAGCUGGAGCAUUGGUUGAAGAGGAAGAGGAAGAGAUUGAUGAAUCUGGGGUGGAGGACAGGGACAUUGAUUUGGUAAUGACACAGGCUGGGGUGUCCAGAACCAAGGCCGUCAAGGCCCUCAAGACUCACGACGGAGACAUUGUCAGCGCCAUAAUGGAGCUCACAACUUGAGUUGAUUAGUCUCUCCAAUCCGCUCUCUUCCUUGCUUUGGUGAUUCAUGAGUUCUUAAUUUUCUUGCUACCUUUCUAGUUGGACUAUGAGUUCCAAGUUUUUGUACGUUUUUUUGGUUGCCUUCUGCUUUAAUUCUUCAAAUUCCAUUCAUUAAGACUUCUUCAUGUUGACUUGUUUUCGUUGUUAGACCAAUUGGAUCGGUUUUUUUCUUUCU